CUUAACAUUUACUUGACUUUAAAACAUGCAAGCUGCUUUUAAUCAGGUUGGAAAUAUGGGUUAGGCUGUGCUUGUUUAAAUGAAUGAACAAGCACAGAAUCUAAUCCAGGCCAUUUCCAGUAGUUGUUUGGAAAUUCUUGGUUAGCAAGACGGUAUCUUUAUAAAGUAGAAAUUUGAACUGUUCGAGGCUCUUUCAGGUACAAUCUCACUUAUUCUUAGGUUUUGAGACUCCAAAUGUAUAUAAGGUCUAUGCUGCUGAUGAUUAAGGAAAGAAGAAGAAGUAGAAGGCCUUAUUCAAAUGCAAAGAGAAGUCAUCGACCUGUGCUCGUCUCUGUCUCCCGUAUUUAUAUACCUUAACCAUUUUACUAGGGGUAAUGCUAGACCUUUUGAAAUGAAGAUCAACAAUUAUGGAUGCAAAGACUUUUAACCUGCCUUGGCCAAAUAAUUACUAAAAGAUGACAAACGAGUCGUAUUCAAGUUUAAGAGGGAGUAUCAAUGCACUUGUCUGUGCUUUAAUAGGUAAUGUUGGUAAAUUAUCGAAUAGACCUCGCCUUGAAGUUUUGUAUAUGGAGAACAAUGAAAAUAAGAAAUUAGGAACAAUUGUUAAUCCUUGGUAUUUCUGCAACAUUGGAUGCCACGUUCUAGACAUCAAUGAUAAUUUGAGAUACAUCGUAGAAGCCAGUUGCUGUUAAACUUACUUUUGGUGUAGAUGCCCCUGCAAUUCUUGUAACAAAGUCGAAUUUGUAAUCAAAGUGCCAACUGGAGAAGUAAGAUACAUUCCUAAAAUUAUUUAUAGGUUGUGGCCCAUUUGUUAAAGAAAGGAAAAGACUGUUGUAAGAACAUGGUUGGCGAUGCUGACAAUUUCAGUUUGAUUUUCCCUAAAGGAGCAUCUAAGGAAGACAAGGCCUUGCUGCUUGCCGUCACGCUCAUGAUGGACUACAUGUACUUUGAAGACAAAGGAGGUGCUUAAGCCUCCGUCGGACCAGGUUGAGCAAUCAUAAUAUUAUGUACACAAAAGAAAAAACCAG